AUAACCCUGAUUAUUUGGCGGCAGCUAGCAUGUCGGAGUGGGCGUGAGGUGCGGGCGCUGGACGUGUGUAGCCUCAUGAACGAGAGGUCACUUCAGUCAGCAAUGAAAUACGCUGCUAAGCUCGGCAAGUCGCUGCUCGCAGAAUCAAUAUCUGAAAUGUGUGGACAGCGUUGCAGUAUUCGGCACGAAAGUCAGCCUCAAAGUUUUAUUUCAAGCAGAUACUCCGAGAAGAGCAUGCAAGAGACCACGCUUUUAUCUCUACCGUCGCAAGGAACUCAGCCUCUGAGUUCCACUCUUACUUCUGAGUCCAGAGCUGAGGAAGACGAUAUCAUUGAAGCAACUCCCUCAGGUCUUCUUCCUAGGGAAGCAAACUCAAGCAACCCACUUUUGUUUGCUGCCAGUCGUCGCUCCAGGUACGCUUUGCCCCUUGACUCGUCCAUCUCGCCUUCUGAGGCAAAUCCUUUCAGAAAAGCUGCUUCGAAUGUAUCCUCAAAUAUGGACCAGAGAAAUGCAAAGAAAGCACUCGAAGUCCUUGAUGAGUACAGACCGAAAAAAACAAACUCUGCACCGAUUCUGCGACCUUUGCUCAAGAAAAAGAGCAAAACGGAAAGAAAAAACGUAGGCGAGACCUCACAAUCCAGUUGCCAGCCUACUCUGGAGUCAAAAUUUUCGAAUCUGGUUCCUCCGAGUGAUGGCAAAGAAAACAGAACAGAUGCAAAUCAUUCUUUGAAAAACAAUGUAAAAAUUAAUGAAUCAAACGUAGAAGUCAAUGGAUUUGGUGUUAGUGUCCGAACAAGUCCAAUGUUCAAGACAACAUCUGCGAUGUACUUGUGGUGGGCUGACAAUGAAGAACUUGUAAAUGAACAGAUCCCUGGAACAAAUGACUUCAAGAAACUUCUUCCCAAGGCUGCAAUACUCUUCAAAGAUCUUGCAGAUGAAGUAAAAAUGAAAUAUAAGAAGUUGGCUGCCGAGAACUCCUCACAAGAACCGUCUCCCGAGGCCAAGCGCAAGAGGUCGGAGGAUUGUCAAGACGAUGGCGGCGAAUUAAAAAAAUCCAGAGCAAACUCCACGUCGGAAAAACUUGCUGCCUUUGCCUUCAAAGGGACUGCAUAAAUUUAAUGUUAUUUGUUUUAGUCUUAGACAUUCGUGAAGAAACCAAUUUUUAAAACAGAAUUUACCUCGCGCUAACAUGUGCUCAUGUGGUUUUCUACAACAGUUUUAAUGUGUUCAAUUUUUUAGAGAUUCGGCCAUUGUCUUAACUUACGAGCUUUGUUCCUGCACUUCGGUUCCGCUUUAUUUCGGACUUUUUAAUACACUUUCUCGGUCUAAGGUCGCGUUUUUGUAUAGAAUAAUCCUGUUUGAAGCAUUUGGCUUAGAAUUAGAGGAAUGUUUUGCAAGGUUGUGUAUCAUUGCUCAAGCUGGUGUGGUAAAUUGCUGGGUCAUCAGCAGCAUUGCGGUAUUUUGUUCAUAGGUUCUUCAACAGGGUACUUCAAAUUUUUUUUGCUUAGGUACACAUUUGAAAAUAUUGAAGAAGAGAAGAACUGCAAGAUCUGGGGCGAUUGGGCUCAAUAUGCAGCGCUUGAAACAGGAUGCGAUAAAUCAUGCCUAAGAAUAAUCCUUUCGCACAUAUAUUUCAACAAGUAACUCCGCGUAUAAAUGUCUCUAACUACCAUAUUCUAGAAUACAUAUACUUUAUUAUAGAUUAAAACAAAAUGCUUUCAUUGAAAACGCAAGAUGAGUAGUGGUGAACAGACAUAUUCGUAGAUAGUUUUACAAACCUCGUGAACGUGUUACUUGAGGAUUGCAUGAAUGAAAAUAUUGAUUUUUCUUGAGUAUGCUUAAACACGGUGCAUAAAAUGAUACCUUGAUCACUGAAAUAGAUAUUUAUUUCGGUUCGUUAGCAUAAUCGUUUCUUAUAAAUACUAUAAUUAAAUUUUUGACGUAC